AUGAAAUCCCUUGCAGAAUUGUCCGAUGCCCAUCUCAUCGUCUUUGCCGUUCAGCUCUGCGUAAACGGCGAUGUGUCCGCAUUGCCACGUUUACAGUCCCAUUUCCAUGGCGGCGAUAACAUCGAUAUAUUCCUCCGCAUUAUUUUGACCUUUCUGCCUGAGAGCACCGAGCCUUCCCGAUACACCCCUGUUAUUGAGAGCCUAGUCAACGGAUCCACACCUCCCGCAGAGGAUGGAAAUGAUGAUUUGGAUCUUGCUUCAGUUGGACAGCUGCCUACAUCUGCAGCGAGGAAACAGGUCCAACGACUACAUCUUCUACCGCUCCGGUACCCCGGGCAUGCAGAACACGAACCAGAUAUCCCACUGGUUCAAUUUCUCAUCCAUCGAGCGCACAGAAUAGACAACGAGUCGGGGCUACAGCCUUUUAUUAUCGAGCUACUGGAGCCAUUCCUUCACACUUCGGAGUACCUGCAAACCUGGGUCAUAUCGACCGCGCUACCUCUACUUCGAUUCAAUUAUGAAUACCAUUGGGAGAAUGACGUUGAGUUAUCUUUGGACAUUAUACAGUCGUUGGAUUCAGGAAGCGCGGUCAACAUCUUGCUGUCAAAGACUGAGUCGCGGAAUAGGGGUGGGGAUGUAGGCAGAGACUUAAGGGGUCUGGUAGGGCCAUGGAUGUACGGUCAUGCGAGCUCGAAAAGACGGAAACUCACUCAACUUGAGCGUUCGGGGUCAAUUGCUAUAUUUGAUAACAGAGAACCUUCGUCUGAGUCAGAAAGAGACGGAUGGCAAGAAGUUAACGAGUGGCUGCUGUCGACCAGCAUGAGGGACUUUCCCAUGGCAGUGGAAGCUGUAGAACAAUGGUCAGGUCCGGACGAUAUAGAUUUUGGCGGCUAUAAUAAGUCGGAAGGUUUGGGGUUAUCUAAUGGCGAUACUCAACUUUCUCUCAACUACGGUCAAGCCGCGCUUGCUACUAUUUAUGCGACCACAGUAGCUACACCAGAGACCCUCGAUGGAUCCUGUCGUGUUGUAUCCAGAAUUGCGUCCUUGCUUGAGAUUCCUGGUCACUCUGUCCUGCGCAUAUUUGAAAAUGAUCUCGAGCCUCUCAAUCUCGACCUUACUUGCCUUUCCGAUAUUGCUCGAGGCGCCAUUCUCCAGAAUGCUCUGCUAGAGCCUUCUAAUCCCCUCACAUUCCCCACUACUCAGUCAAUCGCGUUCAUUGACGCCAUUCUUGUUUCUAUUCGUACUUUGGCUGGCUUCGGCCAUGCAAUUUCAUGCAGGGCGGCUGCGGAUAUUUGUCUACUCGCUAGCGAUGAAAUGCAGCUCUCAGAGUUUCAUUCUGUUGUUGAAGCCCUGCAGCGGGACCAUAAAACAGGACGUGACUGGAAGAAAGUCAGGCUACAGCUACUCUGGUUGAGAGACUGGGGCUAUUCUGAUCAAUUCGAGAAGCUUGAAGCGAAACUCAUUCCCGGCCAUGGGCUUUUCUGGCGCGUUCCUCUAGUUCUCCUCGAAGGGGAAAUAUUGAAAACUAUGUUAAAUGCAAGACAAUACGAGGUUGCGGUUGAGAUCUACGCCAAUACCCUAACCUCGCUCGAGUCAUUUGGACCUUACUUCCCACACUCUGAAACAUUUCACCAAAUCAGGGCGUUGAUAUCCGCUACGCAUUCAUUAUCAUUAUAUUCCCUGACGCUGCAACAUGGAGUCCCAUUCCAACCUGUCAGCAUCCGCGUGCACCAUGAUCCCCUUUCAUUAAUUGGCAAAGUCCUCGAGCAAAAUCCCAAAGCAUACACAGAACUCGAUAAUCUGAUUACAAUUGCCCGACACCUCGUUACCGCAGGCUUUCCCGCACGUCCCAGAGGCGGCGAUGAGCCAAUACACAACAAAGAAACCCCGUCUCGCGAAGAAGAAUUGUUAGCCUCAGAUCAUCGAAUCAUAUCACUCUCCAUCUCCGCUGCUCUAGAAGCCAAUGAUUUUGAUACCGCAUAUUCCUACGUUCUCACACGCCUGGCUCCACCAUCAAUAACAUCAAAUACUGCGAUAGCCAAAGGCGAUGAUGUAUCAUGGCGUGCCGCGUAUAAUGCUGGUCGACAUCGCUCAAACGUCUCGGAAUCAACUAAUAAACCGCUCCAAUCUCAGAUCCUCCACCUUUCCCAACGCAUGGAACUGCUCUCUCUAGCGCUAAUACUCACACCUUCACCCGAGAACCUCCCAGAGAUCCUUGCCGUAUGGCGCCGCUGCGAUGAAGAGAUGACUUCCCUCCGCGCGCGAGAGUCGGCAGAGGCCGAAAACUGGGACGCGCGGGGGGAUAGUAUCACAUCCAGCUCAAAAACCUUGCCAGGCGGUUUCGGCCCGUCCGAUGCUGAACUCGAUGCUCUAGAAACAGAGCGAGCUAAGUGGUUCCGGACGGGGCAGGCCAAACGCACAUCCCACUUGGCCGGCGGGUAUGAAGAGGCGCCCAUGGGGUUAUUUGAAGUGGCGCGCGGCGCGGCUCAGGCAAUUAGCAAAACCGCGUUUCCGCUUCGUGGCUCUGAGACUGGUUCUCCUGCUAGUGGUGUUUCAAGUGAUUCGAGACGCAUUAGUAUGGAUGCCAUGGGUACGGGAGGCGGAAGUGGUGGCGAGGGAAGUGCGGGUGGACGGGUUAGGAAGAGGGAUGUUGUGCAGUUCAUGAUGCAAAAUUCCACCCAACACAGCUUGAAACAUAGAAAAGUUGUAGGAGGAUCCUCUAUAUAUGUCCCAGUCCCAUGCAAGGUCACACAGCCAGUCUACGAGUCAACAACAGGAAUGUGA